UGAAAUAAUUUAAAAAUGUUUUAUGGACCACAAUUUGGCCGAUACGAACUAGCCACCAAACUAGCUUUUGAUCCAGUCAAAACAACUUUCAAAAUGUAUGGCCUACGUGGUAUUCAAGUUUUGUGUAGCGCACAUGUCUGCAAAAUUAACCACUUGUUGAUUACCAGGGGAUUUGCCUCUUCCUUAUUAAGAAUGACUGGAGUGCGCAUAGAAUCUGACACAAUGGGUGAAAUUGAAGUACCUAGUGACAAAUACUAUGGUGCUCAAACAGCUCGCUCCAUAAAAAAUUUUCCAAUUGGUGAUGAAACUGAACGCAUGCCAGUGGCAGUUAUACAAGCACUUGGUAUUCUUAAAAAAGCAGCUGCCCAAAUCAAUAUGGAAUUUGGACUUGAUGCUCAAUUAGCAGAAUACAUCUCAAAAGCCUGUGAUGAGGUUAUUGAUGGUACUCUGAAAGAGCAUUUCCCAUUGGUUGUUUGGCAAACUGGUUCUGGAACUCAAAGUAACAUGAACGUUAAUGAAGUGAUCAGUAAUCGAGCCAAUGAAAUGUUGGGGACACCCCUAGGAACCAAAUCACCCGUCCAUCCAAAUGAUCAUGUCAAUAAAAGUCAGAGUUCUAAUGAUACCUUUCCCACUGCCAUGCAUAUUGCUUGUGGCAAAAUGGUGAAUGACGUGUUACUACCUGGACUUAAAAAGCUGCACAGUUCACUCAAUGCAAAGUCCAAAGAGUUUAAAGAUGUCAUAAAGAUUGGACGUACUCACACGCAGGAUGCCACUCCGUUGACUUUGGGUCAGGAAUUUAGCGGUUACGCAACACAAAUCGAAAAUGGUAUCAGCAGAAUUGAAGCAGCUUUGCCACACAUUUACCAAUUAGCCAUUGGUGGAACUGCUGUCGGAACAGGGUUAAAUACUCCUAUAGGCUUUGCUGAAAGGAUGGCUCAAAAAAUCGCUCAGCUUACUAAUCUACCAUAUGUCAGCGCACCAAACAAAUUCGAAGCUUUGGCAGCUCAUGACGCGUUAGUUGAGUUGAGUGGUGCUCUAAACGUGGUUGCUUGCAGUGUUAUGAAAAUCGCCAAUGAUAUCCGAUUUUUAGGAUCAGGCCCGCGGUGUGGCUUAGGAGAAUUACUUUUACCAGAAAACGAGCCUGGGAGCAGUAUUAUGCCUGGUAAGGUAAAUCCAACCCAAUGCGAGGCUAUCACUAUGGUUGCAGCUCAAAUUAUGGGAAAUCACGUUGCCGUCACUGUGGGUGGAAGUAAUGGUCAUUUUGAACUGAAUGUGUUUAAACCGCUCAUGGUUAAAAAUGUUUUGCAGUCUGCUCGUCUACUUGGUGAUGCCGCAGUUUCAUUUUCUGAUAAUUGCGUUGACGGGAUUGUGGCGAACCGAGAGCGUAUUGAUAAACUACUACACGAAUCACUGAUGUUGGUGACUGCUCUCAAUACUCACAUUGGAUACGACAAGGCUGCGAAAAUCGCGAAGACAGCGCACAAGAACGGAUCUACCCUUAAAGCCACUGCGAUACAACUAGGUUAUUUAACUGAAGAACAGUUUAACGAAUGGGUGAAACCGGAGGAUAUGUUGGGACCAAAAUAAAUGAAUCAACUUGACUGUAAAUAUAAAAAGUGAAACAAAUAAAAACUUUCCUGUUUCGAUAUAA